CGCAACCUGCAAAUCUUCUUCCCUCACCAACCGGAAAAAGCAAACCAGACGGACGAUCUCAUGGCCUUGUUCCCUUCUCUACUCUAUUCUCUGUUCCUACUCCUCUUCUCGCCGGCCGCCGCCGCCACCACUAUCCCGCUCUCCCUGUUCCACUCGAACCCAUCUCCAGAUCCGUACAAAAACCUUAUCCACGUAGCAACCCAGUCACUCACCAGAGCCUACCACCUCAAGAACCCCCAAAAUGCGGCCGCCGCCGCCCCUCUUUCCACCCACGGCUACGGCGGCUACUCCGUUCCUCUCAGCUUCGGCACUCCCCCCCAAACCCUACAAUUCGUCAUGGACACCGGCAGCGACAUUGUCUGGUUCCCCUGUACUCGCCGUUAUCUCUGCAAGAAGUGCUCCUUCCAUGGCGCCGAUCCUUCUCAUUCUCCUCUCUUCAUCCCCAAGCUCUCGUCUUCGGCCAGAAUUCUGGGCUGCUUGAACCCUAAAUGCGGUUGGAUUCACAAUAGCAAUACCACUCAGUGCAGAGACUGCAAACCCGGUUCCAAAACUUGCACUCAGAUCUGCCCUCCGUACAUGAUCUUCUACGGCUCCGGCUCCACCGGCGGAUUUGGGCUUCUCGAUACCCUCGAUUUUCCGGGAAAGAGAGUCCCGGACUUUGUCGUCGGAUGCUCGGUUUUCUCCUCCCGGCAACCCGCCGGGAUCGCCGGGUUCGGCCGUGGUCGAGUUUCGCUGCCGAGUCAACUCGGCCUCAAGAAAUUCUCUUUCUGCCUCCUAUCCCGGAAAUUCGACGACACCGCCGAAAGCACCGCCCUUGUGCUGGACGGCGAGUCGGAUUCGGGCCAUAAGACCCGAAAUGUCAGCUACACUCCAUUUGUCAAGAACCCCAAUGUCGCCGGAAAAGAAGCCUUCUCCGUCUACUACUACGUGGGUCUCCGGAAAAUCACCGUCGGCGGGAAGCCCGUGAAAAUCCCGUACGAGCACCUGUCGCUAGGAGCCGACGGGAACGGGGGCACCGUCGUCGACUCAGGCUCCACCUUCACGUACAUGACCCGGAAAGUCUUCGAUCUCGUGGAGAGUCAGUUCGUGGGGCUUGUGAAGGACUACCAGAGAGCGAAGGAAGUGGAGACGGAGAUUGGGCUCCGGCCGUGCUUCAAUAUCUCCGGCGCCGGGAAGGUGGCGCUGCCGGAAAUUCGGCUGCACUUCAAGGGCGGGCAGGAGAUGGCGCUGCCGUUGGAGAAUUACUUCGUGCUGGCGGGGAGAAGCGGGGCAGUGUGUCUGGCGGUGGUGACGGAUGGGGUGGUGGGUCCGGAGAGUUCCGGGGGGCCGGCGGUGAUCCUGGGCAGCUUUCAGAUGCAGGAUUUUUACGUGGAGUACGAUCUGAGGAAUGAGAGGUUUGGAUUCCGGCGACAAAUAUGCAAGUGAAGUGACGGUGAAAAAUUGGGAAAUUUCAUUUCAAUAAGCUGACGAAAUAAUUUGACUUUACUGUCAUUUGGGUUAUUUUAUUUAAUGUAAAUUACUUUUAUUUUACUUCUUCCAGAGCAGAGGGAAGAUAGGGUGAAGCUUGAAAUGAAAUGAAAUGAUUGUAUUUUUUCGUUAAAAAUCAAUUAUCAAAUUAUCUCUUUACCCUUACU